AGAUGCAUCCACAGUUGAUUUAAGGCUUGUGUCAGGCAGAGAAGAGACUCACCCGAAGACAAGAAGAAGAAGCGGAGGCCCAGAAAGGAAAGACAUCAAGAGGAUGAGGAAGUGCGUUGCUGCUGUCGUGCUGCUGAGUCUCCUCUCGGGGGGACUCUCUGCUCCUCUGAGCAGCUGUGACAGUCUGGUGAAACCCAUCACUCUCAGCAACCAAGGCGUGCUGGGAAAGUGGCUGUACAUCGGGGGGACCUCUGACCUCCCAGGAAGUCGCUCCCUGAUGACCCUGAUGACCAGCAUCUGGGUGAACUUCACUGAGACCGCCCAGAGCAACGUCCUCAAUAUCGUCCAGACCCAGAGAAUAUUUGGCAAAUGCUUCAGCGUAACGAUGAACGCGACCUUUGAAAACAGCUCGCUGUCGAUUGAGCAACCGUUCCACCUCAAGGAAGUCUACCUGCCGACCAAAUGCUCCGACUGUCUGGUGGUCUACGAAGACGUCGUCUUUGGCCAGGACACGUUCACCAGCCUGAUGCUUUUCAGCCGGAGUCAGAGCGUCUCGCCGGAUGUCGUGGAGGAGUUCAGGACGCAGGCGGAGUGCCUCCGGAUACCGCCGCCCACCAUGAUAGACACAGACUACGAACUCUGCCCGGAGGACACCUCGCCUGUAGAUGUGCACAGCGCCGACAACCCGCUGACAGCAGAGGCCAUGAUCAGAGUGGCAAAACUCCUGGACACUUUUUUUGAGAUAUUUAUUAACUGAUCAGUUUUGUCUUCUUUUUUUUUUUUUUUUUUUCAUGAGAACAUGUGGAAUUUUUUCCCCCUGAUUUCCAUAAAUAAAAAAAAUUUGAGUAAAUC